AUGAAGACCUUCAUCUCAACAGAUCUCCUCUUCCUCAUAGCCUCCAGCAGCAGUUUCGCUGUCGCUCAAUCCUCCAUCUGCCCUAAGGGCACUUCCCCCAAGUNNUGCGCUGACGAUGUCCUGGGCAGCGCAGCUGAUUCAAUCUGCAACGAUCCUCCCCGACAGCCAACUGAUGGUGCUGAUUUGAGUACUAUUUGCGGAGACAUAGGGCAGGAGGCUAGUUGCUGUUAUCCUCCUGCAUAUGGCCAGCAGGGUAUCUGUAGCCUAGUGGCUGACGCUUAG